CGCGCACCCCACCCACACAAGUAGAAAUAUAAACAUAAAAAUUAGUAUAAUAUUAUUUUAGAAUCUAUCACCACAUCUUUCUCUCUCCUCUCUAGAUCUCUCAGAUAUGAAAGGCAACAACAGCACAUCAUAAUUCCACUCAGGCCAGCCAGAGACAUUCCUUCUGUGAGGAAAGCUCCUGCUUGUUCUUCUCCUUCUUCCAAGGGUAGGAGAUUAGAAUUGCUCUUUCUUUGGAUCACAGGAGGGCAUCAGGGAAGUCCCACAAGGAAAUUAAUCUUGCAUGGAUACUGCCCAGUGGCCUCAGGAGAUAGGGUUGGUGAAGCCCAUGGAGGAGCUGGUGUCGUCCACUACCAGCACCACCACCACCAGGCCUCAUCUGAUGGAGAGGAGAACCAGGCCCCAGAAGGAGCAGGCCCUCAACUGUCCCAGGUGCAACUCCACCAACACCAAGUUUUGCUACUACAACAACUACAGCCUAACACAGCCCAGGUACUUCUGCAAGACCUGCAGGAGGUACUGGACUGAGGGUGGGUCCCUCAGGAAUGUCCCUGUGGGCGGUGGCUCCAGAAAGAACAAGAGGUCCACCACCUCCUCCACCGCCGGCCCCACCUCCACCGCCACCACCACCACCUCCACUAUCACAGCAGCAGCAUCCACGGUCUCCACCUCCAGGAAGCUGCCACCGGAGCUGAGCCCAACCCCCAUGUCUCUCUCCACCUCCUCUCAGAACCCAAAGUUCCAUGAGGGCCAGGACCUCAACCUGGCCUUCCCUCAUCACAGCCUGCCUGAGUUCAAUGACUUCCCCAACUUGGAAAGCAGCAGCAACAACAACAACAACAAUAGCAGUAAUAGUGGGAGCAAUCCAUGCACUGCCGUUGGAGCUCUUUCUGCCAUGGAACUGCUGAGGAGUGGGAUGGGUGCAAGGGGGCUGGGGCCCUUCAUGCCCAUGCCGAUGCCCGACUACCCGGCUGGUUUCGGAGUUGGACUCCAGGAAUUCAGACCACCCACCCUUGGAUUCCCCUUGGAUGGGAUUGGAGGAGCGGGAGGUGGGAAUAGCGGUGGUGGUGGUGGUGGUGGUGGUGGUGGGUAUGGGGGUUUGCAUGGGGUGCAGGAGAAUGCUAGUGGGAGGCUGCUGUUCCCUUUCGAGGACUUGAAGCCGGUCCCUUCGAGCACCGCCGCUGAAUUUGGGCAAAAUAGAGGCCAAGUUGGGGAUCCUCCUGGUUUUUGGAAUGGUAUGAUGGGUGGUGGAGCCUCUUGGUAGAAUUAAAGAUAGAAUAGACAAGUAAGCAGGAGGUUAAUUUCCAAGAGUCUAAGAACAAUGAAGAAGAGUUGGUGUUUAUUUUAACCAUUUUGUUUUUCUGAUGAUGGUGGUGGUGGAUGACUUUGUUUGGAGUUUGUUAUGGACUAACAGCAGACACAGGAUACAUGGAGUUCCUUCUGUUUACCUUCAUUUCUUUUGAUCUCUUUUUCCCCCCUUCUCCUUGCUCCUCUUUUAGUUUCUCCUAUUCGAUCUCUGAUCUCUGUGGACAUGUGAAGCUUCUUUUUAGGUUGGCUUCAAAAGGGUGUCUUAACAAAGUGGACUUUUGCCACUGUGGUGAAAGAGAAGAAAAGAGGCCUGCGGUGCCCAAUAUUUUUUUUUCUUUUUUCUUCUUUUCCUUUUUGCAGGGAUAACAUGAGAGACGAUAUAACCCUAUUACUUGUAGGGAUUGUUGCACCAUUGCCUCAAUGGAAACGGGUAAAAGAAAGAAGAAUGGGCACCCCUGUGUUAUAUGUUUUGAUGGAUUUGGAAAUAAUGUGGUAUUGUAGCUAGAACUCGAGUCUGAAAGAUUGUAUGGACUAUUUUAAAAAGAAAAAAAAAAAGGGAAACAGAACUGUCUAUUUGUUUAUUUAAAUUAUGAAACAAGGGGAUUGAAUGUAAUAUUUAUGUAUUAUUAUUAUCAUGGUUUUCUCUUUUA